AGGGUACUGUGCAACAACAGGAAGUUGGACUCCAGAUCAUACCUGCUUCUCAUUUGCUCAUCUGCAGAAACUACUUGACCCUCUUUGUCUGCAGGAGUAAAUGACAGUUCCUGGCUGGAGGGAGGCAGAAGGAGAGAAAGAGAUGCAAAAAUGGCUGCCAGUGGAUUACACACACCGUCAGGUGACUCCCUCCAUCUCUCAGAGUUAAGGAUUGUGCUGCUGGGGUACAGAGGAGGAUCUGGGAAGAGUUCAGCAGGAAACACCAUACUGGGCAGAGAGGCAUUUGACCUGAAGACAACUGCUCAGUGUGUGAAGAGACAGGGAGAAGUAGCAGGGAGGCUGGUCACUGUCAUCGACACUCCUGGCUGGUGGAAGAAUCUUCCUGUAGAAAGGACUCCUGAGCUGGUUAAACAGGAGAUUUUGCUCAGUGUGUCUCUGUGUCCCCCAGGACCCCACACAUUCCUCCUUGUCAUAUCUCUGGGGUUUUUAUACACUGAGGAAGACAGAAGAGCAGUAGAGGAACACUUGACCCUUCUCUGUGAGACGGUCUGGAGUCACACUAUAGUGCUGUUUACCCGUGGGGACUGUCUAGGAGACACAACCAUUGAGCAGCACAUCGAGAGUGAAGGGGAGGCCCUCAAGUGGCUUGUUGAGAAAUGUGGGAACAGGUAUCAUAUCCUCAACCAUGAGAACAGAGGGGAUGUCACUCAGGUCACAGAACUGCUUGAGAAGAUAGAAGAGAUGGUGGUAGGAAACAGAGGAGGACAUUUUGAGAUGAAGAGGGAGCUACUAGAGAAGAUCGAAGUUUGGAGGAGAAAAAAGGAAGACAAAGCUAAAGAGCUGUGCAUGAGGGUAAAGAAACAGAGAGAGAUCCAUAGAACAUUUAUAGGUGACUCACUCCAUCUCUCAGAGCUGAGGAUUGUGCUGCUGGGAUCCAGAGAUGCUGGGAAGAGUUCAGCAGGAAACACCAUCCUGGGCAGAGAGGAGUUUGACCUGAGGACAGCCGCUCAGUGUGUGAAGAGACAGGGAGAAGUAGCAGGGAGGCAGGUCACUGUGGUCGACACUCCUGGCUGGUGGAAGAAUCUCCCUGUAGAGUACACUCCUGAGCUGGUUAAACAGGAGAUUGUGUUCAGUGCGUCUUUGUGUCCCCCAGGACCCCACACUGUCUUCCUGGUCAUUCGGGUGGACGUUUCGUUCAAAGAAGAAGAGACAAAUGCUGCAGAGGACCACCUGGAGCUUCUCAGUGAGAGAGUCUGGAGUCACACCAUAGUGCUGUUCACCCAUGGGGACUGUCUGGGAGACACAACCAUUGAGCAUCAUAUUCAGAGAGAAGGGAAGGCCCUCCAGUGGCUUGUUGAGAAAUGUGGGAACAGAUUUCAUGUCCUCAACAAUAACAACAGUGGUGAUGCCACUCAGGUCACAGAGCUGCUGGAGAAGAUAGAUGAGUUGGUGGCAGCCAACAGUGGAGAUGUGUUUUACCCUGAAAGAGAUUGUAAAGAAGGAAUUAAUUUGAUACCUGAGGAGAUGUUUGAGAAACCAUCUUUGCCAUUAAAGGGAGCUCACUCUCUUCUGAGUAUGAGUGGAGGCAGCAGACCCGAGACUGGAUAUGAUGGUUCAGACCAGAUGUCUGGGAUUGGAUCUGUAGCUGAAUCUCUGCUGAGGCUAGUGGUACCUGGAGAUGACAUAUCUGAUACCCAGUCUCUGAGAAGCUCUGUGUACAGCUCCCAGACAUCAGAACCAGUAUGUGAGCACAACUCUGGAUCAAAGAGUUCUAGAGAAAAAUCCAGCUUGGAUGUCAUGAGUUUUGUACUCAGAAGAAUAUUUUGUAGUCAGAAGAAUCCAUGCACCAGUAAUGCAUCAAACCAUGAAUCUGAACACAGCUCUACAUCUACACCAGCGGAACGUACACUUGCUGUUGUGACAAAAUUAACACCUGAAACAUCCACAGGAUUUACAGAAACGUCAUGCAGGCUCCAGUGCUCCCAUGCAGGUCUGUUCCAGUGCAGUUUGACAGGGCUGGUGUUUCUGAUGAAGAGGGAGGGGGAAGUGCUGUACAGAACUGUCCAAUGGGAUGAGAAUCUCCUGCACUCCACAGGCCAGACUCCUGCAGGACCGCUGUUCAGUAUUGAGUGUCUUCAGGGGUCUGUCUGUCAGCUACAUCUCCCACACUGUGAGAUUCUCUCUGAGGGUCUUGAUUCCCUGUCUGUGGCCCAUGUUACUGGUGACAGUGUGGAGGUUUUACCACCACUGAGGGUGACUGACACACACGUAGUGGUGAACAUCACAGACCUCUCCUUGUGGGGCCUGGUCAGAAUGUUUAGACCCUUCCUCUCGAUCAAGGGACAGGUGUUGCCUUUCCUCCAAUCAUUCGGCCAUCCUCAGUCAGUUCUGAAUGUAAUCGUUCUGCCAUUGAAUGUGCCCCUUAAUGAGGUACAGACCAAAUCCUUGCGCUAUCCAAAACAUGUCUUGUCAUGUAUUUUAGAACUGUGGUGCUUACCUAAAAAUGUAUGCAAAAAAUCAUCUGUUAAUCUGUGGCAGGUGAAGCAACAACAAACAGGGAACACUUACAUACCGGUCUGUUCGGACUGCACUCUGAGUCGAGGGGAAAAAUACAGUCUCUCCUGUGAUCUGAAGAAGAUACAGGACAUCUACCCUAAAGCUAAGCGUAUUCAGAUUUACUGGGACUAUGGUCCAAACUACCACCCCACCUUUCAGGUGUUCCUGAACCCGGACACAGAACAUGUAGAGCUGAGACUUCUGGAAAGAGGGGCUGAUGGAGAUGAGGUGUGGGCAGGACGUGUCCUUCUGCCAGGUGCUGUGUUAGUGGGACGGGAUCAGGCUGAGAACAGUCACAGUGAUCCUGCAGAGAAGCAACUGCAUUCUGUACGAAAGGACUUUGUGGAUCGUGUGUCAAAGUCGGUUGUUGACGAUCUGCUGGAUGGACUUCUGCAACAAAAAGUGAUUAAUAACCAUGAAAUGGAGACAGUAAAAGUGAUCCCUGAGAGGGCAGAGAAGGCCCAGGAAGUCAUUGACACGGUGCUGAGGAAAGGAGACGUUUCAUGUUUAAUAAUGAAAACCCUUCUGAUUGAACUGGACCCCUUCUUAUGCAAAACGCUUGGCUUCCACUGAAACAUGUUAGAGUGUUGUCUGUGAUGUCUGUGUUCAAUGAUACAAUUGGUCUGUAGUUUGCAUAUUGAGCUAAAUCUAUUUAGAUUAUUUUGGAAUUAGUGUAUUAGGCUGAUCACUUCUCUGUCAUUCAACAUAACCUCAAUAUACAAUGUAUUGGGCUUUCUUCAAUAAUCCCAACAUGUUGGAUUUCAGGUUACAGUGUGAAUAGUGUCUAUAGUGUCAAGUUGAAUCAUUAUAAAUUCACAGAUGAAUUGCACUUUUUCUAUUUUUGUUUUGUCUGUAUUUGAUUUUAUGUCCUUUCUGUGCUUGAUGACAUACAGUAUUUUAAUAUAGAGACACAAACCAUCUCAUUUUAUUGUACUGGACAGUCAACUUCUCAUUCCACUAUAACAUGUAACGUAAACUAGUGCCAAUACCAUGCAGUCACACAUUCCAUGACAUGAUAAUCACCUCCAUGAUAAUGAUUUGAUUUGAUUGAUAUUUUAAUAACAAUAGCUAUCAUUUUGACUGUACAUAGCAAUUAAGUAAAAUACUGACUAUUUGGAAAAAAUAGGGGGGGUUAUUGAACUUGUAUAAAAAAAUGUAUUUAUAAUUAUUAGAUUGUAAUUGAUUUGAUUAUCUCUGUAUUAAUUUCCUUUGUUUUCAAAUAAUAAUAAAUAAAGAAGAUAUUAAACCUAGCAAUCAUUGAUCAGAAUUGUCAGGGUUGAUCUCUAUAGUGAAACACCUAUUUCAUUUCUGGUAAUCUAACACAAUCAACAUG